UAGCAGAUGACUGUUGCUCGAUGAAGUACCUCAGUAACGCGUUUAUCAGAACUUAACUUUGCUAUGCCCGCUGUUGGCGACCAGCACCGGGGCGGCCCAGCGACCAUCACGAUGCCCAAUUCAAGCGGGAGUCUCUCCGCCAACCCAUUCGAAGAACCACAACGACGUAUCAGCGAAUACACCGCGCAGGAGAUCGCGACCCUGCAAGCCCGUCUCGACAAGAAGUUGGGACCCGAAUAUAUCUCGUCGAGGCCUGGUGCUGCGGGACAGCGCGUACAUUAUCUGUCGGCUGACAAAUGUAUCAAUCUUGCGAAUGAGGUCUUCGGGUUCAACGGAUGGUCGAGCUCGAUUCAGAACAUUCAGAUCGACUUUGUCGAAGAGAGUCAAAACACCGGUAAAAUCAGCUUGGGUCUCUCGGUGAUAGUGAGAGUCACCUUGAAGGAUGGCACUUAUCAUGAGGACAUUGGGUACGGCCACAUUGAGAACUGCAAGGGCAAGGCAGCUGCCUUCGAAAAGGCAAAGAAAGAAGGCACCACAGAUGCGCUCAAGCGUGCUCUGCGGAACUUCGGUAAUGUCCUGGGCAACUGUAUCUACGACAAGGAUUAUGUUUCAAAGGUCACCAAAGUGAAAGCUGCGCCGGCCAGAUGGGAUGUUGAUGAGCUACAUCGUCAUCCAGACUUUGUGCCUAUCAAGAAAGAACCUGUGCACCCCAAACCGUCACCAGAAGACGAUGAUCUACCGCCGCGUCCAGCGGCGAUCGCAAAGCGGCCCAACUUUGAUGAUUCAAUGGCCUUCGACGGCGAUGGCGAGUUUGGAAGUGAUCUCUUUGACGAAGCUGAUUUCGGCGUCGCCGAGACCGGCAACCCAGACGAGGUUGUGCUAGGACCCGAAUCACAGCGGGCGCAGCAACCACCAACGCCACUCAACACUCAUCAGCGGCCUUUUCACAACAACAACAACAACAACAACAACAAUAACUACCGGGGACCCAUCAGACCGAACUCGGCGAUGGUAACGCCAUCCAAGCCUCCAGCCCCCAGACAGUACCCUGCUCCACAGCCGUUCAACGGACGUCCCAAUCCUCCCGCAACUGGCGAUCAACAGAGGCCCGUGCUCCCUACAGGGCCCCGACCAAAUUUCCAGAAUGGAAGAAUGAUCCCCCCUCCAUCCGUGCCCACAGCAGCAUCACCAGCACCAGCACUAGCAUACGGCAACGCAGGCGGUAACAACAGCACAGGCGGUAACAACAGCACAAUGUCCGUCCCCAUCAAACGCGAACCCGGCAUCCCAUCGACGAUGACGACAAGAAUCCCCGAAUCCCUUCCGCUGGGGACCCCGUCCGCCUCCUUCUUCUCCGCGCGAGCCGUCGAUCUCCUCCGUGACAACCCGCACGGCGGGAUAUCCGCCGCGGCGCCGGCGUUCGACCCGCACGCGGAGAGUCCGUCCAUCCGUAAGACCGCCGGUUUCGACCACAGCACUAGCAAGCCCAUCUCCAAACCCAUGCUGCCCGGGGGCAACAACGCAUCGCCCGCGGCCGGUGGCAAUCCCGCCGCCACCGCAGUGCGGGACUUCAUCAACCCGUCGCAGGAUAUGCACCGGAAGAUCGGGGCGCCCGGGAGCAAUAACGUCGGCAGCCCCAUGAUGAAUCGAGGCCCGUCGACGUCGUCCUAUCGACCCCUGACCCGCCCAAACCUCGAUCCUCGGAAUAAUGGGACCGCAGCGCCGCCGAACCGUCCACUCCCUAACGGCAGCGGGCCAGUGGCUCAGAAUGUCAACGGGAAACGGCCUCCCUUGUCGGAUAUGACCAAUGCUCAGGCCUCGGGUGACAGCGGGUCUGCUCCGGGAGCUGGGGUCAUGGAUCUGAAAAGACCGCGGGUGAGUCAAGGCGGAACGCCUCAAGUUCCACCCCAGCAGCAGCAGCAGCAACCGCAGCAACCACCACAGCAACAACACCAGCCGUAACAGUAGCAGUGGACCUUUCUCAUGUACUCUAUAGAUAGAGGACAAAUUCUUUAAUGACACGC